UCUUUCCCUGUCAAGUAAUGUAACAGCUUCUUUUUAUGUAUGUCUAUCUUCCCAAAGGACGAUAUCAGGAAACUGGGCAAGCUGUUGAUGCAUGGCUCUUUCAACGUCUGGACAGUUCACAAGGAUCGUUAUAAAAUGAAGGAUUUUAUCCGAUUUAAGCCCAGCCAAAGGCAAAUCUAUCUAUUUGAAAGGGGAAUCGUGUUCUGUAAGAUUCGAAUGGAGCCCAGUGACCAGGGCCUCUCUCCUCAUUACAGCUUUAAGAAAUCUAUGAAGUUGAUGACACUUUCAAUUCACCAGCUUGGAAGGGGGAGCAGCCGAAAGUUUGAAAUUGCCAACCGAAAUGGACUUGAGAAAUACAUCCUGCAGGCAGCUUCAAAAGAAAUCAGAGAUUGUUGGUUUUCAGAAAUAAGUCAAUUACUGCUGGAACAACAAAACAAUAACAAAGGUAAGGUUACUUGCUAGCUUUAGUCUGGAGAGUCAUGCUGAUUCCAAAUUUGUGGUGGGUAUGCACAUUGGGGAUAUUGUAAAGGAAAUGGUUUGCCAGGAAAAUAACCGUGGGCCCCAUUUUCAU